AUUUUGUGCCAAUUUUUCCCAACUCUUCUUCCCUUCCCAAGAACGGCUUAAAAAUCUUGGGGAAAAAAAGGAAUUAGAAAAGAAAAAACCCUAAAGCAGCCGACUCGUCUUUCUCGCAGGAAAUAAUGAUAGAGUUGAAGAGUAUAAUCACAGUUUGAUUUAGUUUAAUUGAAAUUUCAGUCGGGCAAUUUCGUCGAAAAUAAGAUGGACGAUAAUGAAAAUGGGAAUGUGAAUUCGAGGAAUUGGACAUUUCAUCAGUACUCAAGAACUCCAUAUGAAGAGCCUCACCAUCAUCAUAAUCAUAUGCCCCUUAAUCUAAUGCCUUCCAUGAUCGAAACGUCCCUUUCCGGUGGUGGUGGCGGCGGCGGCGGCGGUGGUGUUCGUGAACUGCCCGUAACAGCCUCCACUAACCACCACCACCACCACCACAUCACUGGAAUAUCCGGUGGGCCCCUCAACCCGUUAAGUUGUUGGAUGGGUCCAAACAGUAGCAAGUACCUCAACAAUCCGUUGUCCGUUAAUCCCAAUCGUCCUUAUUAUCUACAGAGCUACGUCGAUGUUUCAUCCGAGGCUUCGUCCCCUCAGAUAACUUUACCCAAAAACGACACCUCGUUGAUGAUUAAUAAAGUGGAAGAAUCGUGCGAGGAAAGAGAUAAUAGUGGUGGUGGUGGUAGUGGAGGUGGGGUGGCGGUAAAGAAGAGAGGUGGUGGCGGUGGUGGAAAAGCACCGAAAGAGAAGAAACCGAGGACUAAUAAAACUCCGAGGGGGGCCCCAAACGAAGACCGUGCAAAGGCCCCCAAGAAAAUGGCGGAAGUUGUAAUUAACGGACAAAAUAUGGAUAUUUCGAAAAUCCCUAUACCGAUUUGCUCAUGCACGGGGACAGCUCAUCAAUGCUAUAGGUGGGGAUCCGGUGGUUGGCAGUCCGCGUGCUGUACCACGGGGCUGUCCGUGCACCCCUUGCCCGUGAGCACAAAGAGGCGUGGGGCCCGUAUAGCUGGGCGGAAGAUGAGUGUCGGAGCUUUCAAGAAGGUUCUAGAGAAACUCUCUUCCGAGGGUUAUGAUUUUUCCAACCCGAUCGACCUUAGGAGUUAUUGGGCCAAACAUGGUACGAAUAAGUUUGUCACUAUCCGAGACGGGCCUGGUUAGAAAUGCUGAAGGAAGCUUCAAGAAGUGAGUUUCUUUGUUUCAUUAGUUUCGCCUUAUUUAAUUUUUUUUCCCGAGCACAUUGGAUACGAUUUGUUGAACUUAUUUUACAUUUUUGUACUUGGGAGGAAAAUAGUAGAAUGUUUUGUCGAGUUUUUAUUAUAUUCAUUGUAGUUCCAUAUUUGGUUUUUUCGAUAGUGGUCUUUGUUUUAAGAUAU